AAACGUCCCCUCCACGGGCCGCACUUUUUGGUGGAGGCUGCGCUCGGUUUCUUGCUAUUCGCGAACCCCCUCCCUUCUCGUGUCUUCAUUCGACACAAGUCAAGUCGCACAAGGCGGCCGCUCUCUCUUUUCUCUCUCUAAAUACAUAGACAUACAUACAUAAUUGUGUGUUAAUCGGACUUGGAAGAGUGAAGAAGAAGAUGGCCGUGGAGGUGGUGGAGAUUCUGAAGCCUCGCAAUGACAAGAGAGAGUAUAGACGAAUCGUCCUCCAAAACUCCCUCCAAGUCCUCCUCAUCAGCGAUCCUGAAACUGAUAAGUGUGCUGCUUCCAUGAAUGUUGCUAUUGGUUCUUUUAGCGAUCCCGUCGGUCUUGAAGGCCUCGCGCAUUUCCUCGAGCACAUGUUGUUUUAUGCAAGUGAGAAAUAUCCAUUGGAAGAUAGUUACUCAAAGUACAUUACUGAGCAUGGUGGUAGCACAAAUGCUUUUACAUCCUCUGAGCGCACCAACUAUUAUUUUGAUGUUAUUUCUGACAGUUUUGAGGAGGCUUUGGACAGAUUUGCACAGUUCUUUAUCAAACCAUUGAUGUCAGCUGAUGCUACAACGAGGGAAAUAAAAGCUGUUGAUUCUGAAAACCAAAAGAAUUUACUGUCUGAUGCUUGGAGAAUGAACCAGCUUCAGAAACAUCUAAGUGCAGAGAGUCAUCCAUAUCAUAAAUUCAGUACAGGGAACUGGGAUACGUUGGAGGUUAAGCCAAAAGCAAGAGGGGUGGAUACAAGGCAUGAGCUUCUCAAAUUAUAUGAAGAGAAUUAUUCAGCCAACCUCAUGCAUCUGGUUGUAUAUGGAAAAGAGAGCGUAGAUAAAAUUCAAAGCUUAGUGGAGAGCAAGUUCCAGGAGAUCCGAAAUAUUGAUCGAAGUUAUCCUUGUUUUCCUGGUCAUCCUUGCACAUCAGAACAUCUUCAGGUUCUUAUUAAAGCCGUCCCAAUUAAACAAGGUCACCAGUUGAGGAUCAUAUGGCCGUUAACUCCAGGCAUUCGUCAUCACAAGGAAGGGCCAAGCAAGUAUCUUGGUCACCUGAUUGGCCAUGAAGGAGAAGGCUCUGUGUUCUACAUUUUGAAAACUUUGGGUUGGGCUACUAGUUUGUCUGCUGGUGAAUCAGAUUGGACAUAUGAGUUCUCUUUCUUCAAAGUAGCGAUUGAUCUGACUGAUGCUGGUCAUGAGCAUGUUGAAGAUAUUGUGGCACUGGUGUUCAAAUAUAUACAACUCUUGCAACAAUCUGGUCCUUGCAAAUGGAUAUUUGAUGAGCUUUCAGCCAUUUGUGAGACGGUCUUCCAUUAUCAAGACAAAAUUUCACCUAUUGCUUACGUGGUCAAUGUUGCAUCAAAUAUGCAGUUGUAUCCUCCUAAUGAUUGGCUAGUGGGGUCAUCCUUGCCCUCUAAAUUCAGCCCAACCAUUAUUGAAUCAGCACUCAAUGAGCUUACCCCAAACAACGUUAGAAUCUUUUGGGAGUCAACAAAAUUUGAAGGACAUACUGACAAGAUUGAGCCAUGGUAUGGAACAGCAUACUCUGUCGAGAAAAUCACUGUUUCCAUGAUUCAGCAAUGGAUGGAAUCAGCCCCUGAUGAACAUCUUCAUCUUCCUGCUCCCAAUGUGUUCAUUCCUACUGAUUUAUCUCUUAAGAAUGUAGUAGAGAUGGCUAAGUUUCCACUUCUGUUGAGGAAAUCAUCCUAUUCAAGAUUGUGGUACAAGCCUGAUACGAUGUUCUCCACUCCUAAGGCAUUUGUUAGGAUAGAUUUUAACUGUCCCUAUGCGGGCAAUUCCCCUGAAGCAGAAGUUCUUACCGACAUUUUUACACGUUUGUUGAUGGAUUACUUGAAUGAAUAUGCUUAUUAUGCUCAGGUUGCUGGUCUUUAUUAUGCGAUAAACCACACUGAUAAUGGUUUUCAGGUGACUGUGGUUGGUUAUAAUCACAAACUAAGGAUCUUACUGGAAACAGUUGUUGAGAAGAUUGCAAAGUUUGAAGUAAAGCCUGAAAGGUUCGCUGUGAUCAAGGAAAUGGUAACAAAAGACUAUCAAAAUUUCAAGUUUCAACAACCGUAUCAGCAAGCUAUGUACUACUGCUCAUUGAUACUAGAGGAUCAAACAUGGCCUUGGAUUGAUGGACUUGAAGUUCUUCCUCAUCUUGAAGUGGAUAAUCUUUCCAAAUUUGUUCCUCUGAUGCUUUCAAGGACCUUCUUAGAGUGUUACAUUACAGGGAAUGUUGAACCAAAUGAAGCAGAGUUAAUGAUCCAUCACAUUGAAGAUAUUUUCUUUAACGGUCCUCAACCUAUAUGCCAAGCUCUGUUCCCUUCUCAGCAUUUGACAAAUAGAGUCAUUAAGCUUGAAAGAGGCGUAAGUUACUUCUAUCCUGCAGAAGGCCUAAAUCCUAGCGAUGAAAAUUCAUCCCUUGUCCACUAUAUUCAGGUUCAUCAAGAUGAUUUCAAGAUGAAUGUUACACUCCAGCUUUUCGCUUUGAUUGCGAAACAACCAGCAUUUCACCAGCUUAGAUCAGUUGAGCAACUUGGGUACAUUACUGUGCUCAUGCAGAGGAAUGAUUCUGGUAUCCGUGGACUCCAGUUUAUCAUUCAAUCCACUAUAAAGGAUCCUAGACAAAUUGAUUUAAGAGUAGAGGCGUUCCUCGAGAUGUUUGCAAGUAAACUUUAUGAGAUGUCCGGUGAUGAAUUCAAGAGUAAUGUCAAUGCACUGAUUGAUAUGAAGCUUGAGAAGCACAAGAAUUUAAGGGAAGAAUCUUCCUUUUAUUGGCGAGAAAUUUCGGAUGGGACUCUCAAAUUUGACCGGAGAGAAUGUGAGGUUGCAGCACUGAAGCAGUUGACUCAAAAGGAAUUGAUAGAUUUUUUUAAUGAAUAUAUAAAAGUCGGUGCUCCUCGAAAGAAGUCAUUGAGCACGCAAGUUUAUGGAGGCUUGCAUUCUUCCGAGUACAAAACAGACCAAAGCGAACCAACCAAACCCAACAUGGUCCGAAUAGAUGAUAUUUUCAGUUUCAGGAGGUCACGGCCUCUUUUCAGUUCGUUUAAGGGAGGCUUUGGUCAUAUGAGGCUGUAAGAGUUGAAUUUUCAAUUUGAAGAUCCUGCUGCAGAAAACCAAAGAGUGCAAACAUUGUCCUCAAUCUUGGACAGGGUGAUGGUUGAAAAUUCCAUUGAAGAAGGGGGUUGCAAAUUCUAUUUCAAAUUCCAUCUACUCAGAAUCCUGUCAAGAAAGCUAUAGCUCCAUCCAAUAUAUUGCAUUGAAGUGAAUAAAUUAUUGAUGAUUUCGUUGUGCCAAUAAUUAUAGAAUUAUAUCAUUAUUAGAUCUCUUUGAUUUGAGAGAGAGAGAGAGAGAGAGAGAGAGACCCCUUGGCAGAAGAAUUAGUUAUCAGUUUUGUUGGGCAUAAAUUCUCCAUAAAUGCUUGGAUAAUAAUGGUUUUAUAUGCUUUCAGUAUUAGGUCCCUUGGAACAAAUGUGAAGCCGUAAGUUCCUCUCCCUGUAUUGUGUUGUGCA